CGGUUUUUUCCAGCUUCGAGAGAACUGCAACAGUGGCCCGCGAAUUUCCUCCGGCUUUUCGAAACAUGGAUGACAUGGCAACCGUGAAUACUAAAAAGACUAUGCCACCAUUCAAGAACUGGCCAAAAGUAGCUCCACAGAUUAUGUGCGCCACGUCAGCAUCAUGGGCUAUGUUAUGUGCCGGUCUUGUUCGUGGAUGGAGUUCGUCAGCGAUUCCUCAGCUUACAGCACAGAGCAACGAAACGCAAUUGUAUCUAGAACGUGAAGAAGCUGUCUGGUUAACUUCUAUGCCACCAUUAUGCGCCAUUUUUGGCAGUGUGUUGAUUGCAUUUCCGAUGGAAAUGUAUGGUCGCCGCCUUACGUUGGCCACCAUCUCUAUACCAUACAUCGUGGGAUUUUACCUAAUGGGAUUAUCUUAUUACAUCAAUUCAACAAUACUUCUCUUCAUUGGUCGUAUCGCCACCGGCUUGAUGAUCGGAGCUUCUAUGCUCCCUUCCCAGAUUUACGUGAGCGAAUGUUCUUCGCCUAGGGUGCGUGGAGCAUUGGGUUCUUUUACAUCAACUUUUAUUUCCAUUGGCAUCUUAAUCGCUUACAUCAUUGGAGCUGUUGUUGAAUGGCACAUUAUGUGCUUCCUUAUUGGAUCCCUGCCAAUUGUUUUGGGUGUCACAAUGCUCUUGAUGCCGGAAACACCUCCCUGGCUCUUUUCGCGUAAUCACGAAACUCAAGCCAAGGACGCCCUUCAUCGACUUCGCGGCAAGUACACGAAUAUCGAAGUGGAAUUUCAGCGUAUCAAAACCAACGCCAACUCGCAGUUAACCAAUUCCAGCUAUGCUAAGAUCCUGACUAGCGGUUAUUUAAUGAAGCCUCUGCUAAUUACAAUGGCUCUCAUGUUCUUCCAGCAGUCCUGUGGCAUAACCGCCAUUCUCUUUUAUUCGGCCAGCGUUUUCCAAGAUGCUGGCUCUAGCUUGGAUCGUUUUUUAUCCAGCAUUAUCAUCGGCGUUGUGCAAGUGGUUUUUACAGGGCUUUCAGUUUUAUUGGUGGACCGAUUCGGACGUCGUGUAUUGCUCAUGCUUUCAGGAGUUCUUAUGGCAGUCUCAUUUGGUGGUUUGAGCGCGUUUAUUUAUGUGAAAAAUGCAUGGGAAGAACUAUCUGCCAUCGAUAAAAGUACCGGGGCAGAGUCGUUUGACAUUUCGACGUUGGGCUGGAUUCCUUUACUUUCGCUCAUCGCGUUCAUGAUUUCAUAUUCCAUCGGUUUCGGCGCUGUACCUCCGCUUAUAAUGGGCGAAGUGUUUCCACUGGAAUACCGUCAUCGACUGGGUACCAUCUCUUCAGCUUUCAGUCUGGCCUGCACUUUCAUCGUAGUACAAACUUUUCCUGAGAUGUCAGCAGCUUUGGGACUCAGCUGUGUUUACGGUAUCUAUGCGGCUUGGUGUAUCGUAGCUGUUUUGUUUGUUGCAUUCUUUUUGCCGGAAACUAAAGGCAAGACACUAGAAGAAAUCAGCAAGAUUUUUGGUCAGCCGACAGCAAAUGAAAUAACGUCCUCUGCUGACAAACUCGCAGGUUCCGAAGUGGAUUCUCAUAAUGCACACAGUCCGGAGCCAAACUGCAAAACUGGUGCAAUUUAGGAAAAAAUCUACCAUAUUGCACAUCGCUCACUAGACUAGAAGCUAAUCAUGAUGUACGGUGAUUGGCAGCUGUUUCAAAGUCGUACAACCAUCCAAGAAUCAGUUUGAAUCUUAAGCGAAAACGAGGAAUUUUAGGCCAUAUUCGUGAAUCGUAAUCAAAUUUCUGGAUUUUUAUGCCAAAAUUUGAGGACCUUAAGCGAACAUUCAGGCCAAAAAGUAUAAAUUUUAAGCCAAUUUUAAGGCCAAAAUAGUGUAAUUGACUGUAAUUUCCCACUCCAAGUGCCCACUUUAAAUUUAAAUUAAAUGUCAUAAACAUUUCCCGGUUACUCGACGUUAACUUCCCAUUAGUUUUGCAUCAUUACUUUCAAUUAAAAAUUAAUGUGGCAAAUUUCCCAUUCACAG